AUGAGCGCUCACGUAAGAUUUGAAGAAUCCUCCGACGCGUCUUUUCCUCUGAUUAAUUCGAAAUAUAUAGACACGAAAGAAAGACCCUUCAAGUGUUUAAAAUGUCGUAGUACCUUUGUCCGUCGGGAUCUUCUUCUGCGACAUGACCGAACCGUUCACGCCAAGGACGGUGGAAUCCCUCUGGUCGCAGAGGGGCGCAGACGUGGUGGAGGGGUUCAGAAAAACUCAUCUGCUCCGGCUAAGCCGUCGGUCACCAUUGACCCGACGACGCUGGAGCAGAUUGAGGCAAGCAGCGAUGGUAUGGUCGACCUUGAAACUGCAGCCAUGUUGAUGACAGAUUUCCAACAUAAGGCUGCAGCAGCGGCGACCGGUCAGGUCUCCGAGCGUUCCGAAUCGCUUUCGCCAGGACGCGGCUCCUUCGAUCCCUACCUCUCGGGUAACGCUACUCUACCUCAGAUGCCUUGGGACACACUCGUCUCCCCCGCGGAACCGGGGUCAAUGCCCACCCUCGUCGAUCGCCAUGGCCCCGUCGGGGACGUUCUCUUGUCUAACUCGCUGUCUAUGUCUGGGCACUCUACCCCGAAUGCUCUCUCGCCCUACCCCUCGAUGAUGGGCCCCGUGAGUCCGGUUAACUACCGCCGCUCGCCCGGCCCAAGUCAGGCGCUGACUCUUCCCAAGGCCCCUCAGCUGGCCAAUGAUAUGGAACGUAACUAUGUAGUGGACCGAGUUCAGGGAUCCGACAGCCUUGGUGCGCUACCCGAUACUUUCCAGCUUCCUUCCACGGUUGCGCUGAACCGGUAUUUGUCUACCUACUUUAAUCUGUACCAUCCCCACUUGCCGUUCCUGCACCAAGAAUCAUUUAAGCCCUCCCAAGUUCCGGCACCACUGUUGCUGGCAGUGUUAUCCAUUGGUGCUCUUUACACUUUCGAGCGUGAGCACGCCUUCAUGCUCCAUGUCGGCUCCAAGGUCCUGGUCAACCAAUUCUUGCAACACAAGGAUAACUUCGAUUCCCGCAAGUGCCCCUUGUCGCUGAUGCAGGCUACGUUGUUGAACAUGGUAUUUGAGAGCUGGAGCGGUGACCCGAAGGGCCUUGAAUGGACUUGUUCAAUCAAGAGUCUCCUGGCCAACAUGGUUGCCGGCAACCGCUACCAGCUCAAGUUGCGGACCCAAGCUCGCCAGAAUGUCCCGCCAUCGCGCGAGGAGUGGAUCGAGGACGAAUCCUGCCGUCGUACAUAUUUCGCCGUGUACAUUUUCUUCGGCUUGUUGACGCUCACAUUCAACCACACUCCCGCUAUGAGCUUCGAUGAGUUUGACGACUUGGAGCUCCCAUCUUCAGAGUCUCUCUGGAACUUGGACGCGGCUGAUGAUGAGUCUUGGCGCCGUGGCACAGUCUCGAGUGCCUUAACUGUGCGCGAGGCCCACGACUUCCUUUUCCAGGGCGAACAGACCCGCUACAGUGCUUUCGCAACUCGUGUUCUCAUCAACGCCUUGUUCCUUCAAGUCUGGAGCCACAAGCGCAGCUUUGAAGCGCUUCAAGACGUGGUUACUGAAUACAAGCUGCGCCUGGCUCUUGAGACUUGGGAGAACUCUCUCGAGGUUUGCGAGCCGGAAACAAUCGUCGUCCCGCUUAGCACUCCUCAGAAGGGUCACCCUUUGAUCUUCAACUCGAUGGCGGUCUACCGCAACACCCGCGCGCGCCUGGAAGUUGACCUUAAGUCCAUCCAGGAGGCGAUGCGGUACCACUCUUCAUACGAGGUUGCGGCUGCCAUGACCGUCGCUCGUGAGAAGGUCAAGCGCUCGCAAGAGAUGAACAAGGUCAUCCAACAAUGCUUCGAAUGCAUUGAGAUUGCCGCUAUCCAAGGUAUCAAUUGGGUUGCCAAAACUUCCGCUACCAACUGGAGCGUGGAGCAUCCUCUCUGCGGCCUGGAUCUGAUGGUCAUUCUGAGCCUUUGGCUCUACCGCCUGGAACAUGACGAUGAGCCGGCAACUGAGGCUGAAAUGGCCCUCUACAACAAAGUCCGCAAUCUAUUUGACGAUGAUGCCAUCGACGCCUUUGGGAAACUCAGCUCCACCGUUGCCCGUGUAUGGGGUAACAUCCUAGACGGCGUGGUUGUCUGGGGAAUCACCAAGUUGAUGGGCGAAUCAUUCAAGCUUCAUUCCCAGGCCCUAGUCGGCUACGAAGAUUCUCUUCGUGUUGGCAAGGAUCAGCCAAUCCAUGCGGUGCCACAUAAGUCGCUUGCUAGCGUCGGCACCGCAUACUGA